AUGACAGAUAGAAAUAUGCAAUUCACACGCAUCUCCGCGAAUUCCUAUCGGUCUCGUGUUACCCGCGUACGUCCAAGCGACGUUCCAACAACUUAUAGGAGCAGCAACAACAGUAAUCCUGCUUUUGCAUCGCUUCAACCUCGACAACAAGUGUCACUACCAGCACUACUUCAACGUCAUCGACUAGUACAACAUCAACAACAAGUACAACGUCAUCCACUUCAACCUCGACAACAAGUACUUCAACAAGCAGUUCGACUUCAUCAACAAGUGCCACAACCAGUACAACUUCGACAACGAGUACUUCAUCGACCAGUUCAACUUCGUCAACAAGUGCCACAACCAGUACGACCUCGACGACAAGUACUUCAACAUCAAGUACUACAUCAUCUACGAGUUCAACAUCAAAGACAACGUCGACGACAAGUACUUCAACUUCAACAUCAACGACAACAACGACAACAGGUAAGUUUUCGAACGUAUGAUUAUUCUUUUGUAUUGAAUGUUAUUCCACUUUCAAUAGCACCAAUAUGCGGCACUUUUCCUACCAAUCCACAAGGACAGAUUAAAUAUUUCGCUAAAAGUGGUUCAAAUUUCCCGCUCAUGACAUAUACAAAAUACACUUCUAGUUUCACAGCAAGUAGUACCUUAGCAACUCUAUCAUUUAUUAUAAUGGGUGAGGGUGGAGGAGGCGCCAUCCACUACUGGCUAAUAGAUGAUGUAAUUGUCAAUCAUACAAACACAAAUGCAAAUGUUCUUACUAAUGGUAGUUUUGAAACAGGAGAUUUAAGUGGUUGGACACAGUAUUGUAAUACGACUGCCAAUUGUGAUGCUGCAGGUGGAAAAACAACUGGUAAUUAUGCGCAUACGACAACAAGUUCAUGUAAUUCAGGAACAUACUGCGUUUACGAUUCAUGUGUAGGUACCGACUAUCUAGAACAAUCGUUUUCUACUGUAGUUGGAGAUUAUUAUAUAAUAUCAUAUUAUCUGAGAAACGGUAAUAAUGAUGCAGGACCUAUAGCAAUGUAUGUCACAUUAACUUAA